GUGAUCCAGACAAUCCUGAACUUAUUCAAAUAAGUGCAGGUGAGCUCUAUCUUGUCAGGCCAAAUAGUCCAAAAGGCAACAGAGAAUGCAUCUUUCGGGAAGCCCAAGCUAUUAUAAGGCGUACAAGUACUGAAUGGCAGUAUCAACUUGUCAUCGACAGAGUUUUUGAGGAAGGUGAAGAAGAGCUAGUGUCAGAAGGUGAUUCCGACGAGGAAAGUCAAGGUGGUGAAGAAGAAAAGGUUUUCCUUAUUGAUGAGUCUCUUGAAUUUCGCAAAGGUCAAAUCGAGGGAUUGACCACGUUCGCGUGGAGGGAUUUAAUGGGUGACCCUGAGGAUUUGUUUGAAUUUGUUUGCGACGUGAAUACUACUGCACAUACGACCAAUGCUUUCGAAUACACCAUGUAUAGUUGCAUGUUUGAACGAAAAUACAGAAAAUCACGUGAAGAGGCGACAGAACAAGAGCUCCAAAAUUUCAUUUAUGUGCCGCCAGCGGAGAGAGGUCAUUCGAAAAUUUCACAAUCUCCAUCUACCCCGAAACAUCACAUAUCUACACCUUUAAAUGACUCACCAGUAUCAGCUAGUACGACUCCUGUCAGGUCUGUUCGGUCUGAAACUUCACCAUUAUCCACCCCUACACGACAUACUGUUUCCUUUGAUUUUCCUGGUGCCCCAUCUGAGGUUGAAAACGCCAUCUCAGUGCCUGUUGAAUUGCAUGUAUUUGAUCCUACUUCAGGAACAUUUUUGUUAAUGUCUCCAAAUGCCACUGCCAGUAUAAAGAAAGGAAAAAAAUUCGAAUAUUGGCAUGUCGUUUCAGAUGAUAAAACAACACUUGUUGGCCAGCGGGUUGAACCAAAAAUGAAUCCCGUAUUUAAUCGGGUUCUUGUGAUUUCAGAGUCCGACCGAGUUUCUUCUUUUUUGAUUCGCUUCAGAGAUCUAGAAGGUGAAGCAAAUUUCAAGAAAAAAUUUGCCCAAGCCAUGUAUGAAACUUUAAAUGAAUCUAGGGCAAAGGAAGAAGAACAAGAGUAUUUUAUGAAUGCAUACCAAGAAGAUGUCGAGAUGACUGAUGCUGAAUCGACCGAUAAAGAAGAUACGGAAGAAGAAAAUGAAAUAUCAGAAGAUGACGAAUCAGAUGACAAUAUCGAUACGAAAGGUGUAGAAGGAGACAGUGCCAAUACACAACUUAUUGUUGGCUAUAAACAUGAUAGAUCUUUUGUCUUAAAGGGUAAUAAGAUUGGUGUAUUUAAACACACAGAUGAUGACCGCAUUGAAUUAACGACAAACAUUGGUGAAAUAAAAAAACUUGGAGGGAGCAAACUUAACCCUUCAAAGGGAAUGCUGCAUGAAGAAGACUCUACGAUGGUUCUAAUGGAUCCCCAAGACGAACAUAAUCUUUUCAAGAUGGAUUUAGAAUAUGGAAAAAUUGUUGAAGAAUGGAACGUUCACGAUGUUGUUCCUGUUACAAGUAUAUUUCCAAGUAAUAAAUUUGCUCAGACGACAGCUGAGAAGACCUUAGUUGGGAUGUCGCAUAAUUCGCUUUAUCGAAUUGACCCACGACUACCUGGUCUAAAAUUAGUAGAUAGCCAACGUAAACAAUAUAUGACUAAGAAUGAUUUUAGUUGCGGGGCGACAGAUGCCAAAGGUCAUAUUGUAGUAGGGAGCGAAAAAGGCGAUGUCAAAUUAUUUGAUUCACUAGGCAAGAUUGCAAAGACAAAUCUUCCUGCUUUAGGUAGUGCAAUUAAGGGAAUUGAUGUAACAUCUGACGGUAGAUGGAUUAUUGCUACUACUGCUCGAUACUUGUUACUUUUGGAUACAUUAAUUAAGUCUGAUCCAAAUAAAAAACUUGGAUUCGAAAAAAGUUUCCCCAAAGACAAAAAGCCAAUACCAAGAAGGUUACAACUUAAGCCAGAACAUUUGGCUUUAAUGAAGGAGCCUGUAAAUUUCACGCCCGCGCGAUUUAAUACUGGUUUGGAUGAAACGGAAAAAACCAUAGUGACAAGCACUGGUCCGUUCAUCAUUACUUGGAAUUUCCGUCGUGUCAAACAAGGAAAACUUGAUGAGUAUCAAAUUAAGCGCUACACGGAUGACAUUGUAGCUGACAACUUUAAAUUCGGGCAAGAUAGAUCGAUUGUUGUUACUUUUCCGCAUGAUGUCACAAUGGCGAAAAAGACACAUUUGUCGACUCCAACAAAAGCAGUGCUUUCACCUUCCAAGAGAUAA